ACUGUUAGUUGUUUUGAUGGAUUAGUACGAUUAUUAUCUAUUUAAUUUAUCCAUUCCAGCAAACGGCAGUGAAUAACAUUCAUACAAACACGGACCUGUGCUUUAAUUUCCGUUCACUAUGAGUGUGAGCGAAGUUUCUUCCCUUUUGAACCGAGACAACACAUUCUCAGCCACUCUUGACCAUGAUGGAAAAGUUCCUGUGGAACAUUUAGAUUAUGGGUACAUUGAAAAAUGCAAGGACGUCAAGCAUUUGGAGAAGAUCUUGAGAGUGCUAAGGUCUGGAGAAGAGGGAAUGUACCCCCAUCUGAACCAGUUCUGUGAGGAUCGCGUGAAGAGCCUGGACCCCACAAGUCGAGCCCUGAGAAAGGAGCAACCUGUAGCCACGGCCGCCAGCCUCCCCACAGAGGAAUGGAGCCAAAUCCGUGAAGAUCUACAGCGAUGGCAGGAAGAAUCUAAAGACUUGGAGGCGUCGAUGCUACAACCGUCUAUAUUUCACGGUAUAGGAAAUGAAAAUGUACCACCCGUACGAGGCACCAACAUUUCUGUUCCCCUCGGCCAGAAUCCAGCAAGCAAGGCAAAGAAUAAGCCCCCAAAACGAGCUCUUCCUCUCGACUACAAAGAUUGGGAUAAGUAUGAUGUUGACAAAGAAUGUGAAAUGAUUGACGGAAGUGAGUCCAAAAAGGAUCCAGCUCCUGUCAUCAAUUCUGGCCACGUCAAAAUCAGAACCAGAGUGGACGUCACAACCCUGACUGAGAAGGAGAAGCUCCUCAUGGCAAGCCGUGAGAAAGACAAAGGCAACGAGGCAUUCAGGGCCAAAGGCUAUGAGGAGGCUGUUGCGUACUACACCAGGAGCCUCUCUAUUGUCCCGACGGUGGCUGUGUUCAACAACAGAGCCCAGGCAGAGAUCAAACUCCAGCGCUGGCACCGGGCCCUACAAGACUGCCAGAGAGUCCUGGAGCUGGAGCCCCUCAACCUGAAAGCGUUGCUGCGCCGGGCUACAGUGUUCCAGCACCAGGGCAGCUUGCCCCUGGCGGCAGAAGACCUGAGGGCUGUGCUACGUGUAGAGCCCCACAACACCGCUGCUGCUAAACAUCUGACUGAAGUGGACAAGAAGAUAAGGGAGGGCCAGCCGGAACUGCCAAUUAAAGGCAGGAAAAUCCUCAUCCAAGACAUAGAGGAAGACGACGAGGAGGCAGAGGAGCAUGCUCGUCCGGUUGAUCCCAGGCAGCCUGUGGGAGGGGUGGACAGCGUUGUUUCUCCCGUCGAGAGGGGAGACAUGGGCAACGCUCAGAAGAAGCCGUACGGUGGCGGCCGGGGGGACGGGGCCUCGCCGCACAGCGAUGCCAGCAACGGCUCCCACGGACACCACCGCAGAGGCCGCGGCGGCAGCUGGGACAAACACAAAGCAGCCGCGCACGAAUCGCCGGGGCCCGGCAAGGCUGCCAACGGCACGGGGAAGAGAGGCUCCACCGCCUCGGAGCCCGGCGCCGCCAAGGGAGGGAGGCCCGCGGGGGUGGACCUGGACGCCCCAUGCGGUGCCUUGCCCCCCCCUCUGGCCCGACUGAAGAACGAGGGCAACCUGCUGUUUAAGAACGGACAGUUUUCAGACGCACUGGGGAAGUACUCGCAAGCCAUCGCCGGCUUCACGGAAUCAGGAAUCGACAGUCCAGAGGAUCUUUGUAUAUUGUACUCCAACCGGGCAGCCUGCUACCUGAAGGAUGGCAACAGUCAAGAAUGCAUACAGGACUGCAGCAAAGCCCUGGAGCUGCAGCCCUUCUCCCUCAAGCCCCUCCUGCGGCGGGCCACGGCCUACGACUCCAUGGAGCGCUACAGGCAGGCCUACGCCGACUACAAGACCGUCCUGCAGGUGGACAACAGCGUGCAGGCAGCGCACUCCAGCGUUAACAGUGUCCUGCGUGUCGUUACAGCGAGGCGGUCGGAGCUGCGCUUCACGGCUCUGAAGCAGGAGGGGAAUGAGUUUGUAAAGAAGGGCCAGUUCCAGGACGCGCUGGGGAAAUACACAGAAUGCCUUAAACUGAAGCCUGAGGAAUGUACCGUCUACACUAACCGGGCACUGUGCUACCUGAAGGUGGAAAAGUUUGCUGAAGCCAAGCAGGACUGUGACGCUGCACUCGGCCUGGAGCCGACCAAUAAGAAAGCCUACUACAGACGAGCUCUGGCCAACAAGGGCCUAAAGGACUACCUGGCGAGCAGCUCGGACCUGCAGGAAGUGCUCCAGCAGGACCCAGGCGUACAGGAAGCUGAGAAGGAGCUGGAGGAAGUGACCGCUUUGCUCCGCCAGAGCCUGGCCAGCGGCGCCUCCCCCAGGAAGAAGGUUCCCAUCACAGAGGUGGACGGGGACCAGGACAGGAGCGUGGCGGACUCCGCCCCGCGGCCCCAGGAGGGCGGGGCCAUCAACAAGCAGCCGGCCGACGCCUACGAGUUCGGACAGUCCCUGAACGCGGCGCGUUCCCGCGGCGACGCGGCCGCCUGCGCCGACCUGCUGUCCUCGGUCGACCCGGAGCGGCUGCCCCGGUUGCUUAGCAACCAGCUGGACGGGCACGUGAUGGGCUUCGUGUUGGAGGCCCUGGACGAACACUUGCUGGCCAGGGACCCCGGCCGGGUGUACCGGCUCCUGCAGAGCCUGCACACCGCCGAGCGCUUCACGGUGGUGCUGAUGUUGCUGGAGACGGCCGAGCGGCGGCGCGUGACGCAGCUGUUUGAGCACCUGUCCUCCGUGCAGAGCGACGACUUCACAAAGGACGACGUGCAGAACAUGGCAAACAUAUAUAUCAUCUGAGUCAUCUAGCCCCUCCUACCUGUCCUCCUCUACCCCCCCUCUCCUACCUGGCCUCCUCUACCUACCCUCCCCUAGCCUCUCCCACCUAGCCUCUCUUAUCUAGCCUCCCUGACCGGCCGCUCCUAUUAAGCCUCUCCUUCGUAGCCUCUCUUUCCCCUGCAUGAGCUCUGCCUCCAACAUUUAACUAGGGAUCUAUGCAAAAAAAACAAAAAACAAAACAAGGGCACAAAGUGAACCACCAGAGAGGGGGAAAAAAAGUCAAAUACUGGUGGAACGAAGGCUGGUUCAAUACAGGGGUGCCACAGCUGUUGCCACGGAGACGCAUCUUUGCUUUAUCUGUAUGGUGGGGGGGAUCUGCUAACACUAUGUUCCAGUAAGCAAUGAAAGGAUAUAUAUAUUUUAUUUUCUUAUUUCCUCCACAAAACCUUUUGUUCUUCAGAUAUUAUUUUGUACUGUCCUACGAACCGCUUGUUGCAAACACUGGCUCUGACCCACACAGGGACGUAGCAGCGUCUAGCGUGCUAGGCUAUUAUUAUUAUUAUUAUUAUUAUUAAUAACUAAUAACUAAAGGGUGACCUGCAGAGAGAAGGCUCUGGGCACGUUUCCUCAAGAGCUCGCUCCACCAAACCUGGCUCCUUGUGUCCUUGACUUCUCGCUGAGACUUUACCUGAGGUUUUGAGUGGAGACGUUAAGACACCGGACCAGAUCGGUCCACAACAGAGUGGUCUUGGGGACCUGACUGGUCCACUUUUCUCGGGUUGGGGACUACGCCCCCGAGACCACCCUGUUGUUGCUUAUCGGACGUUACGCAUGCUGAAUAUUAAGGGCGGGCGAGUCUAUGGGAUACAGUGGAGGGAGAGCGCCACGUUGGAUCAUCCAUGUUUCUCUAUGCAUAUACAUCCUUCAAAGAUAGAACAUGGCUUUGCACUGCUAUCUCGGAUGCACUACUUGGAUGUUAACUCAUGCGGUCAAUGAUUAAAGUUGAAACGAGUAUCAUUUUUUUAGAUAUAUAUAUGUAUAAAUUAAUUAGCAUAAAAUCGAAUCCGGGUGAAGUCAAACAUCAAAUCAAUUUAGGUUCAAACUCCCUCAUAGACUAUCUAGAAAUGAUCAGGAAAUUAAUUGAGGCCGCAGAUUAGUGCAGGAAGCCUGCUGGUCAACUCCUAGUAUCGCAUGCUAGCCUCCCGCUGUGCUGUAGGCGCCAGCACAGCACUCCAGUCGGCAUGCUGGAACUGGCCAGAUGAGGCAUCUUCUUGAGAUGUGUGCCUUCAGAUGUCAAUUGAGGGGUUGGAAAUUGGAUAUCUUUUCUUUUUGUGUGGGUGUGUAGUUCCGAUUCUGUUAACAUGUGUACGGUUAAAUAGUUCUGCAGCUUAAACGGCAGGGAUCCAUGUGCACUAUCAUUACGCCAUCGUUCAGCCGGGUUUCAUUUGUAACGGGGAGGUUUGGUGGAGGGUCAGGCUUCAUGUUAAGGGUUCUUUGGACAAACUUUUUAUUUAAUGAAAACAUGCUAAUCCAUCAUCUGGCCAUAACUUAAAUGGCUUAUUCGACAUUACUGAAGUUUGGCUACCAUUUUUGUUUACUGUAGUUUUCUAUCCACACGAAUGUACUGUGGUCGAGGAGAAGAGCUGAGCUAUGAGGCAGAGACAGUAAUAACCUGUACAUGUUAUACAGCUCUCUAUGAGGCAGAGCAGUAAUCAGCUGUACAUGUUAAACAGCUCCUAAUGAAGCAGACAAUGAUCACCUGUACAUGUUAUACAACUCACAGGCUGGCAGGACAUGGUUAUUAGUGCUGUUAAAAAAAUAAGUUAUUUUGGAGAGCAUUCAAAUUGUUAUUUUGCAAUAAACAGGCAAAGAUAAACUUAUUUCUCUAUUAUAGAUGUACAUUUUUUUGUGAAUAUCUAAUAAAUAUUAUGUUAUGGAAAAGUGACAUAUUGAAUAAUAAAACAUGAACAAGAAUUUGA